GCCAGGAUCCCCCUCACCUCCCCCCUCCCGCCCCGCGGUUGCAGACAGACGCCGCGCAGGUGUGAGCGCCAGUCCCGGUCGGAACGACCAGGAAACACCGGACCGUCACCGGCGGCCAGCGGGGGACCGGGAUCGGCUCCUCUGUGGGUUUUAUUUUUAUUUUUGUUUUUCCCGCUGCGCGCGAGGCCUUUGGAUGCAUUGAUCGGUGGGAGCGUGCACGAUGCUGGGCGCCGUUAAGAUGGAGGGACACGAGCACGCGGACUGGAGCGGCAGCGGCUACUACGGAGAGACCGAGUGUUACACCUCAGCGGGAAACAUGAACUCAAUGAGCAGCUACAUGAGCGCGCCUGGCAUGAGCGGCGCCGGACACAUGAACGCGCAUUACGCGAACCCGGUGGGGGUCAACCACUCCUCGAUGCACUGCGGGGGGUCGCAGGGCCCCGGGGCCAUGGUGCAGGCCGCAGUCGGGAUGACGGGCCUGGGCCCGAGCAUGAGCUCCAUGAGCCCGCCGCCGCCGUACGGGAGCGUGCCGGUGAUGAGCCCGGUGUACGGGCAGGCCUGCGGCAUCCGAUCCCGGGAGCCCAAACCCUACCGGCGCAGCUACACGCACGCCAAGCCGCCGUACUCGUACAUCUCCCUGAUCACCAUGGCGAUCCAGCAGUCCGGCAGCAAGAUGCUGACGCUGAACGAGCUCUACCAGUGGAUCACCGACCUGUUCCCGUUCUACCGGCAGAACCAGCAGCGCUGGCAGAACUCCAUCCGCCACUCGCUCUCCUUCAACGACUGCUUCAUCAAGGUGCCCCGCUUACCGGACAAACCGGGGAAGGGCUCCUUCUGGGCGCUGCACCCGGACUCCGGGAACAUGUUCGAGAACGGCUGCUACCUGCGGCGGCAGAAGCGCUUCAAGUCCGGCCGGGCGUCCGGUGCCGGUGAGAAGGAGGGCUCGGAGGGCGGCUCGGUCACCACCGGCAGCACCCGCUCCGACUCCCCGCACUCCCCCUCCUCGACCUCCCCGCCCGCGGACGUCAAGGGCACGGGGGUCGACCCCAAGGCGCGCCGGGGCGAACUGUUGCCCCCCAGCCCCGUGCGCGUGCCCUCUCCGCUCGCGCACACCCAGCACCUGUUCUCGCACCCCCCUUACCACCCCCCGCUGCUGCUGCACGAGGCCGCGCACCUGAGGCCCGACCACUACCCCCCCCACUACUCCUUCAACCACCCGUUCUCCAUCAACAACCUCAUGUCGGAGCCGCCGCCCCCCCGCCCGGAGCCCGCGGUGCAGUACGGGGGGUACGGCUGCCCGGUCACCGGGGCGCUGGUGGCCGCCAAAAGCGGCCUGGAUCCCGCGCACGGCGACUCCAGCUACUACCGCGGCGCGUACACGAGGCCCGUGAUGAACACCUGAGAGACAACGAGAACACACCUUGGACGUUUGUGACGGCGGGUACGCGCCCUUCCGGUGCAGGAUUUUUCAUCAGUCAUUUGUGUGUUUGUAUUUGUGCAACAGAUAAAAAAAAUCUUUAUA